AUGGAGUGCGCCCUCCUGCUCGCAUGCGCCCUCCGGGUCGCAGGGUCCGGCCCGCCGUGGGGCCCCGCGGGACUGGGGCGCUUGGCCAAGGCGCUCCAGCUGUGCUGCCUCUGCUGUGCAUCAGUCGCCACCGCCUUUGCCGGUCACAGCAGCAGCGGUGGCAGCGGAUUAAAUGAUGAUUACGUCUUUGUCACGCCGGUAGAAGUGGACUCGGGCGGGUCAUAUAUUUCACACGACAUUUUGCACAACGGCAGGAAUAAACGAUCACUGCAGAGUGCUGGCGGCUCCCUGCACUACCGAUUUUCAGCAUUUGGACAGGAACUACACUUAGAACUUAAGCCCUCGGCGAUUUUGAGCAGUCACUUUAUUGUCCAGGUACUCGGAAAAGACGGUGCUUCAGAAACUCGGGAACCCGCGGUGCAGCGAUGUUUCUAUCAGGGAUUUAUCAGAAAUGACAGCUCCUCCUCCGUGGCUGUGUCUACGUGUGCCGGCUUGUCAGGUCUAAUAAGGACACGAAAAAAUGAAUUCCUCAUCUCGCCGUUACCUCAGCUGCUGGCCCAGAAACACAACUACAGCUCCCCCGCGGGCCACCGUCCUCACGUACUGUACAAAAGGACAGCAGAGGAGAAGGUGCAGCGGUACCGGACCUCCCCUGGCCACUCCCCAAGUCACACUCCCCCUGCGUCCCAGAGUCCAGAGACUGAGUACCACCAUCGAAGGUGGCAAAAGCAGCAUUUUUGUGGACGACGCAAGAAAUAUGCCCCCAAGCCUCCUAGUGAGGACACCUACCUAAGGUUUGAUGAAUAUGGGAGCUCAGGGCGACCCCGAAGGUCAGCCGGAAAGUCACAGAAGGGGCUAAACGUGGAGACCCUGGUGGUGGCAGACAGGAAGAUGGUGGAAAAGCACGGCAAGGGGAACGUCACCACGUACAUCCUCACCGUCAUGAACAUGGUUUCCAGUCUAUUUAAAGAUGGGACCAUUGGAAGUGACAUCAACAUUGUGGUGGUGAGCCUCAUCCUCUUGGAACAAGAACCCGGAGGAUUGUUGAUCAACCAUCAUGCAGACCAGUCUCUGAAUAGUUUUUGCCAGUGGCAGUCUGCCCUCGUGGGAAAGAAUGGCAAGAGGCAUGACCACGCCAUCUUGCUCACGGGAUUUGAUAUUUGUUCCUGGAAGAAUGAACCGUGUGACACUCUAGGGUUUGCCCCCAUCAGCGGGAUGUGCAGUAAGUACCGAAGUUGUACCAUCAAUGAAGACACGGGGCUGGGCCUUGCUUUCACCAUUGCUCAUGAGUCGGGGCACAACUUUGGCAUGAUUCACGAUGGUGAGGGGAACCCCUGCAAGAAGGCGGAAGGCAACAUCAUGUCUCCCACGCUGACCGGGAACAACGGGGUGUUCUCAUGGUCUUCGUGCAGCCGACAGUAUCUCAAGAAAUUCCUUAGCACACCUCAGGCUGGAUGUCUAGUGGAUGAGCCCAAACAAACAGGACAGUAUAAAUAUCCGGACAAACUACCAGGACAGAUUUAUGAUGCCGACACACAGUGCAAGUGGCAAUUUGGAGCAAAAGCCAAGUUAUGCAGCCUUGGUUUUGUGAAGGACAUUUGCAAAUCACUUUGGUGCCACCGAGUGGGCCACAGGUGUGAGACCAAGUUCAUGCCUGCAGCGGAAGGGACCAUGUGUGGCUUGAGUAUGUGGUGUCGGCAAGGCCAGUGUGUAAAGUUUGGGGAGCUCGGGCCCCGGCCCAUCCAUGGCCAGUGGUCCACCUGGUCGAAGUGGUCAGAAUGUUCCAGAACUUGUGGUGGAGGAGUCAAGUAUCAGGAGAGACACUGCAAUAACCCCAAGCCUCAGUAUGGUGGCAAGUUCUGUCCGGGCUCUGGCCGUGUUUAUCAGCUGUGCAACAUGGAGCCCUGUCAUAAAAACAGCCUGGAUUUUCGAUCCCAGCAGUGUGCAGAGUACAACAGCAAACCUUUCCGUGGAUGGUUCUACCAGUGGAAACCCUACACCAAAGUGGAAGAGGAAGAUCGAUGUAAACUGUACUGCAAGGCUGAGAACUUUGAAUUUUUCUUUGCAAUGUCUGGCAAGGUGAAAGAUGGAACUCCUUGCUCCCCCCACAAAAACGACAUUUGUAUUGAUGGGAUUUGUGAAGUAAUGGGAUGUGAUCAUGAACUUGGCUCUAAAGCAGUUUUGGAUGCGUGUGGCGUUUGCAAAGGUGAUAAUUCAACCUGCAAGUUUUACAAAGGCCUGUACCUCAACCAGCACAAAGCAAAUGAAUAUUAUCCAGUGGUGGUCAUUCCAGCGGGAGCCCGAAGCAUUGAGAUCCAGGAGCUGCAGGUGUCCUCCAGUUAUCUCGCUGUUCGAAGCCUCAGUCCAAAGUAUUACCUCACAGGGGGCUGGAGCAUUGACUGGCCCGGGGACUUCUCCUUUGCUGGGACCACAUUUGAAUACCAGCGCUCCUUUAAUCAGCCGGAACGACUGUAUGCACCAGGACCCACAAAUGAGACGCUGGUCUUUGAAAUUCUGAUGCAAGGCAAAAACCCAGGGAUAGCUUGGAAGUAUGCACUUCCCAAGGCCACAAAUGGAACUCAGCCAGCCACCAAAAGACACCAGCACACCUGGAGUACGGUGCCCUCGGAUUGUUCCGUCUCCUGUGGCGGAGGUUAUAUCAAUGUAAAGGCCAUUUGCUUACGAGAUCAAAAUACUCAAGUCAAUUCCUCCUUCUGCAAUAUAAGAACCAAGCCAGCAACUGAACCCAAAAUAUGCAAUGCUUUCUCCUGCCCGGCCUAUUGGCUGCCAGGUGAAUGGAGCGCAUGCAGCAAGUCGUGUGCCGGGGGCCAGCAGAGCCGGAAGGUGCGGUGCGUGCAGAAGAAGCCCUUCCAGAAGGAGGAGGCRGUGCUGCACUCUCUCUGCCCAGUGAGCACGCCCACCCAGGUCCAAGUCUGCAACAGCCAUGCCUGCCCUCCAGAAUGGAGCCUUGGGCCUUGGUCACAGUGUUCCAAGACCUGUGGACGAGGAGUGCGGAGACGUGAACUCCUGUGUAAGAGCUCUGAUGCAGAGACCCUCCCCGAGAGCCUGUGCGCCAGCAUCCCCAGACCCGAGGUGCAGGAGGGCUGUGUGCUAGGACGAUGUCCCAAAAACAAUCGGCUGCAGUGGGUCACGUCUUCAUGGAGCGAGUGUUCUGCAACCUGUGGUUUGGGCGUGAGGAAGAGGGACUUGAAAUGCAGCGAGAAGACCUUCCAGGGAAAACUGAUAACUUUCCCAGAACGAAGAUGCCGCAACAUUAAGAAACCCAACCUGGACUUGGAGGAAACCUGCAACCGAAGGGCUUGUCCAGUGUACAACACGGGAGCUGGAUGGUACACGUCGCCAUGGCAACGGUGCACAGUCACCUGCGGGGGAGGGGUGCAGACCCGCUCCGUCCACUGUGCUCAGCAAGGCCACCCUUCCUCCAGUUGUCUGCUCCACCAGAAGCCACCAGUGCUCCGAGCCUGCAACACAAACUUUUGUCCAGCGCCUGAAAAACGAGAGGACCCAUCCUGUGUGGAUCUCUUCAGCUGGUGCCAUCUCGUUCCUCAGCACGGUGUCUGCAACCACAAGUUCUAUGGUAAACAGUGCUGCAAGUCCUGCACCAGGAAGAGCUGA